AUGAGUGUAGUACAGAUCAACAUCAAUGGUCGAAGGUUAUACAUAGCUUCGGUCUAUAUUGAACCCAAUAGCGAUGAAGACAAUACCUUACAACGGUUAGACAACUUCCUAAAAAUGACAUGCAACAACCACCAGUUGGUGGGUGGUGAUUUCAACGGCUGGCAUCCGAUAUGGGGCAGCGACCGUUCAAAUUCACGUGGCAAUAAAAUAGUAAACAUUGCAUAUGGUAACAAUAUGUUUUUAUGCAACAAAGGAGACACUCCCACUUUUGAAACUAUCUCGCAUGGUCAAAUUCGUCAUUCAUUCAUAGACCUCACCAUGGCCUCUAGCACCAUAUACGAUCAGGUACUUGACUGGAGAGUUGACAUCGACAUUUGUCCCUCCUCACAACACAGGGCCAUUGUGUUCUCAAUCUGUACUCUAAGAAGAAGAAGCAACUCCGGUAAAAGUACCACUACAUUCAGAUAUAACACAAAGAGAGUCAACUGGGAUGAGCUAAGAUCUCCAUUCAUAAGCAUGAUAGAAGAACGUUUGCCCCGUAAUGUCGUUAUUGAAAGCUUGGAUGAAAUUGAAUUAGAAAAGUAUAUCAACCAUAUUACCUCUAUUAUACAGACAAUCUGCGACAAGUUAAUUUCAAAGUCAAAUGCCCAAAAUUAUCGUUGCCCGUGGUGGACGGAGGAACUUGAAAAACUCAAGAAGGAUGUAAUUCGUAACCACCAUCAAAUUCAAAAACUUAUUCGUCAGAAAAGGCCUAUAGAGAGCGUGCUGGAAGAAAAAACACGACUUAAAGAGGCAUACUCCAAAGCAUUUAGAGAAACUUCCACUAGACAUUUCAGGGAUUUCUGUGAAAAACAGGGCAAGGAAGAUGUCUGGUCAGUCACUAAUAAAAUAAUAAAGUCAGGACCUCCAAUACAACCUCCAGUCACCCUGAAAAGGAGCAACGGCACAUUUACCACCACCAGUUCAGAAACAGCUCAAGAACUUCUCAAUCAAUUUUAUCCGGACGAAGACUUGAAUGAUACCCCACAACAUACGGAAAUGAGGAACUUUUCCUUGGCCAUGCCGGAUACACCGAAUGAACCCUUAUUCGAAUUCGAACAGAUCAUAUCAUGCCUUAAUAGUAUUAAUCCCAAAAAGGCUCCCGGCACCGAUCAUCUUACUGCAGAUAUCUGCCUACUCUUCGCAAACUCCUUUCCACAUUUAAUCACAUCUGUUAUGAACCAAUGUCUGAGACUCGGUUACUUUCCCGAAAUAUGGAAGCAGGCGUUUAUAAAAAUUAUACCCAAACCUAAUAAAGAAAUAUAUACAGAUGUAUCUUCAUUCCGUCCUAUUGGUCUAAUAAACGUCUUUGCCAAACUAUUAGAGAAACUCAUCACACCUUCUAUCUGGCAGUCAGCCCUUAAAUACACAUGCGUAAUCAAUAAACUACUUACCCUGCAGCGCGGAUUCGCAAUAAAUAUUAUUCGGGGUUUCCGAACUGUAAGUACUGUAACCAGUAUAUCCCUUGCACAACUUAGUCCUUUACCUGCCAAAAUAGCAGAAAUGGCUGAUAACGAAUUAACAAGAAUAUCGCGGAAAUCACAAUAUCUCCCAAAUGACAUCACUCUGGACACACCGGCCGAACCCGAGAAGCUUUUGCACCCAUCUUUGCGAAAAUCAAUUAAAUACUGUGAAGAAUCAUCCCUAAAUGACAUUGAAAACAUCGAAAGUCAAAAUGGUUAUCGCAUAUUUACGGAUGGAAGCAAACACGAUGAAAAGUUGCAAGUAUACAUAUUUAAUCUAUAA